UCUUGCUUACACCCGCCACGUUUCAGUGAGUCGUACAUAAAAAGUGCUGGUAGUACUGAAUUUCCGCUUGAUGAUGUGUUGUGCUUAUGUUUUUGGCAGGAGCGAACCCAAGAUUGUGAUUGUGAAACGGUGAUAUGUCGAAGAGCUACUGGAGUCUGGCAAGAGCCAUGGUAAUUAGUAUAGUACAUGGCUGAUCCCGGGAGAAACAAAAAGUAUAAGAAGGGUCAAAAUACCCGUCAAAUCCUCCGGGUCCACCAAUCUUCGAUCACCAAACUCCCAAGACCAAUAGCCAACGGUACGAAAAUUCACACCUUUCUUGAUUGAACUCUCAGCUUAUAGAGGUAUCUAGAAUCGAAAUAACUUCUUCUCAAGUCCCCCCUGCUUCCCGCCAAUCUCAUUCCUUCGAAGAAGAUAUCCACUUUAUCAAUCAUGUCUUCCAUCGACCCAAGCACGAUCUUGAAGCUGAAAGCCGAAGACCAUCUCUCGUACGCCACUACGAAGCUGAAAGGUUUCAGAAUUACCGAGGUUGGAAAGGAUGAUUCUGAUAAAAGAGCCAAGGAGCAGUUGACGGAAAUCUUGCACAAUACAGUUGAAGCGAUGAGAGCGGCUGGUCUAGAGAGAAAGGCUGAGACAGAGGACCAGGGUACUGACACUGGGACGGUGGUUCAGGACAAGCCAACUCAAUUCGCAAUUGCCAUAUCUGACGCAACCGAAACACUAUCGAUAACCUAUUCCAUUGAGAAGAACUCCUGGGUAUCGAAGGAAUAG